AUCAUUAAACGACUGCUAUGGCCUCCUCCCCAUACGCCUCUACAGAGGAGACGACAAAUGCCUGUAGAGCCUGUCGACUUCUCCUGGGUCCAUGUACAGAUGAGUUACGUGAUGUUUUAGUUCACCAUGUACCUCUGUCAACAUUCCCAUACGACAUUAAACAAAAGAGGAGUAAUCUUCCCCGUCUGACAGCUCAACAGAUGAAUCUUAUUUUACCGAGAGGUAGUAGUUAUACAGGGAACUAUGGUGAUAUGGACAUUUCCUUAUUGUAUAUACUACUUAGAAACAUUUGUGGUAUACCACCUCACAGCAAUGGCUGGGGAUAUGAUCCAGACCCUACAGAUCGAUCUCUCUCUGCCAACAUUGAGAGAAUCCGUAUUGCCAGAAAUCAGUGUGUACAUUCUUCUAGUCCCGUCCUCUCCAAUGCUGACUUUAACAUAAUCUGGUCCACUGUCAGAUCAGCAGUUGUGGACAUUGAUUCUUUCCUCAACAACGGGAACAAGUUUGAAAGAGAGGUGGACUUUUUGAGACAUGAGACCAUGGACCCUGUCCGUGACUGUCAUUACAUAGAAGAACUGAGGAAACAGGCUGAAGAAGAUGCAGAAACUAGAGAAAUGGUUCAAGGCCUGAAAAGAAAAUUAGAAGAAAAUGAAAAGGACAACAGCAAUAAAAUACAGAAAAUUGUUGAUAAAAUAGAGGAAGUCAUCCCUCCAAAUGUUAAGGAUCUUCAUGAAAGACAAGUGAUAAAAUGGAGAGAAGAAGAUGAGGUUUACAGUGAAACUCACACUUUCCAGGAAAUGCUGAACAAAGUCAAGAGACAACCUUAUAUGACAUUUGUUGGAGUCCCUGGGUCCGGAAAAUCAGCAACGAUCCAUCACAUAGCCCUGCUACUCCAGGAAGAAGGAUACGAAGUUGUACCUAUUAUAGACAUUAGGAAGAUUGAAGAUUAUUCUGACUCUCGUCAUCCACAGGUUUUUGUCAUUGAUGAUGUGGUAGGUGUAUUAGGUCUUCAAAAACAAAAGUUAGAGGCUUUAGUUGACUAUGAAAAAAUAAUUUCAGAUCAUUCCAAUAAAAGAACAAAAGUGUUGAUGACCUGUCGGGAAGCAGUGUUUAAUGAAUGUUACAAAUCAUUUUUCAUUAAUGAGGAAAGCGUAAUCAAAAUGUGUAGUCCAGAAAAUACAUUGAAUGAUGACGACAAAAAAGCGAUUCUUCAGAAGUACGGCUUGGAUGAAGAUUUAUUGUCCCCUACAUUACUGAGAAAAACAUCGGCGAUGUUUCCUCUUUUGUGUAAACUCUACUCAAAUGGGGCCAAUUUUAGGAAAAACAUUGAAAGUUUCUUUACUUGUCCAACUGCAUGCAUUUUAAAAGAGUUUGACAAAAUGCAGGAACAAAAUAGAUUACAGUAUGCUACGUUGGUUUUGUGCUUGUUAAAUGGCAAUAAGUUAUCAAAAGAAAUAUUAAAAGAAACAGAAAAUAAGGUUUUCUACGAAAUGAAACGAAAAACAUUAGAAAACUGUGAAGUUGAGAGUUACACAGAUUCAUUUAAAUUUGUUAAGGCAUUGUUAGUAAUGGAGGGGACAUACACAAAACUCUGUGGUUUUGAGUAUACAUUCAUUCAUGACUCUAUGUUUGAAAUCAUUGCCCAUCAUUUUGGUUCUCAGUUCCCAAAUCUCAUCUUACAGUUCAUGAGUAGUAGUUACAUUGCUAACUAUGUAAAGCUUCAAAAAUAUGAAAUGCUCAAAUUAGAGAAUGAAUAUAAACAAGCAAGUGAAAAAGAUUCAAUCGACGGUGAGAGUAAAAAUGAAAAAAACAAUGCUUGUGAAAGCCCACAAAAAGGGGGAAACGAGGCUUUGAGUGCUGAAAACAGUAAUAGAAUGGAGUCAUUUGAUCUCUGUAUAAGGCUAGGGGAGGAUCUGUACUCUAUGUUAGCAGAGCGUUUGUACAGAGAUAUAGAAAAUAUGGAACUGUAUGAUGUUUUCAUGAAUGAUAUUUUAAAACACCCUCAGGUAUGUCAGGCUUUUCUUGAAGUGUUGGAGGCAAAGUCUUACUCAGAGUUGAAGUCUUUAUUUCUAUCAGAACAGAAAGAUGUGUCUAAGGUAAUGAGUAAAGGAGAGCGUAUGAGAAAGGAGAUUGAGGAGUGGAAUGAGAGGAGCAUGGAGGAGGACAGACAGAGGGCGCUGGUGAAUGAGAAGUAUGAUAAAUUAGAACAUACAUACAGUGUGAGGGUUAUCAGUUGGGUGGUUUACUACGGACACAAACAGAUUUUACAAUAUAUUUUAGAGCAAACUGAGUGUCACAAAGAAACAGAGUCUGAACUUUUUUUUAAUUCUUUCAAACUUGCUUUACUUAAUUCAACAAGAGAAGAGGAAAAUAGAACAGCAGCAAAUGAUCCAGUCGAAAAUUUAAGGUCAUUCAUAGACUUAGACAUAGAUGGAUCAAUAUCUGAACACCAGCGAUUAUUGGAGCUGAGUUGUUACAAUGGAGAUUUAGAAACUGUGAAACUAUUUAUUAGAUAUUUCAAAAGAAAUACAAUUUAUACGACUUUUCCAGAUUUAGAGUUUAAAUUUUUAUUGGGAGACGAAGCACUUAAAGCCGCGUGUGGGGGUGGACAUUUGAGUGUAAUGAAGGAGCUGCUAGAAGCAGGAGCUGAUGUCAAUCAAAAAGGUGAGGUUCAUACACCACUGACAGCUGCAUGUGUGGGUGGACAUAUGAGUGUAGUGAAGGAGCUUAUAGAAGCAGGAGCUGAUAUCAAUCAACAAGUUUACUAUAAUACACCACUGACAGCAGCAUUUAUUGACAUAGAAAAUGUAGACGGUUUAUGUGGAUAUUUUGAUGGUGCCACAGAAAAUGACCUGAGGUGGCGAAACGGUUCUGUUACAGAUGAGGCUGGUUUCAUAUAUCCAAACGACUUCUCUAAUUCUUGGAGAGGCAAAUUUAGGAACAACAUUAGGUUUUUUACUUGUCCAACUGAAUGCAUUUUAAAAGAGUUUAACAAAAUGCAGGAACAGAAUAGGUUACAUUAUGCUACGUUGGUCUUGUGCCUUUUAAAUGACAAUAAAUUAUCAAAAGAAAUAUUACAAAACACAGAAAAUAAGGCCUUCUACGAAAUGAAAUCAAAAGCAUUAGAAAGUUGUGAAGUUGAGAGUUACACGGAUCCAUUUAAAUUUGUUAAAGCAUUGGCAGCUAUGGAGGGGACAUACACAAAACUCUAUGGUACUGAGUAUACCUUCAUUCAUGACUCCAUGUUUGAAAUCAUUGCUCAUCAUUUUGGUUCUCAAUUCCUAGAUCUCAUUUUACAAUUUAUGAAUAGUAGUUAUAUUGCUAACUAUGUAAAGCUUCAAAAAGAUGAAAUGCUUAAAUUAGAGAAUGAACCAAAGCAAGCAAGUGAAAAAGUUGCAGUCAAUAGUGGGGGUAAAAAAGAAAUAAACACUGCUUGUGAAAGUUCGCAGAAAGGGGAGAAAGUCGUGUUAAGUGCUGAGAACAGUGAUAAAAUGGAGUCAUUUGAUCUCUGUAUAAGGAUAGGGGAGGAUCAGUACUCUAUGUUAGCAGAACGUUUGUACAAAGAUAUAGAAAAUAUGGAACUUUAUGAUGUAUUUAUGAAUGAUAUUUUAAAACACCCCAGUGUUUGUCAGGCUUUUAUUGAGGUGUUAAAAGCAAAGUCUUACUCAGAGCUGAAAUCCUUAUUUCUGUCAGAACAGAAAGACGUGUCUAAGGUAGUGAGUAAAGGAAAGCUUGUGAGGGAGGAGAGUGAGAAGAGGGAGGAGAGAAACAGAGAAAGGCGCAGACAGGAGGUGUUGGUGAAUUAUGGUAGUGAUUGUUUGAAAACAAAAUACAGUGUGCGGGUUAUUAGCUGGGUGGUUUACUACGGACACAAUAAGAUUUUACAAUAUAUUUUAGAGCAAACUGAGUCGCACAAAGAAACGCAAUCUGAACUUUUUUUGAAUUCUUUUAAUCUUGCUUUACUGUAUACAAGAAACCCCGGAGAAAAGAAUAUUGCAGCAAAUUGUCCAAUAGAAAAUUUAUGGUCAUUCAGAGACUGGGACAUUGACGGAUCAAUAUCUGAACACCAGCGCUUACUUUUGCUGAGUUGUUACAAUGGAGAUUUAGAAACUGUGAGAAUGUUUAUUAAAUAUCUGAAAAGAAACACAAUUUAUAUGACCUUUCCAGAUUUAGAUUUUAAAUAUGUACUGGGAAACGAAACACUUGAAGCUGCGUGUGAGGGUGGACAUCUGAGAGUUGUUAAGGAGCUGUUAGAGGCAGGGGCUGAUGUCAACCCGAAAGAUGAUUAUUAUACACCAUUGACAGCAGCGUGUAAGAGUGGACAUGUAAGUAUAAUUAAGGAGUUGAUAAAGGCAGGGGCUAAUGUCAACCCGCAGGGUUUUUAUGAUACACCACUAAUAGCAGCUUGUGAGGGUGGAUAUAUAAGUAUAGUGAAGGAGUUGCUCGGGGCAGGGGCUGAUGUCAAUCUACAAAAUCGGGAUGCAACACCAUUAAUAGCCACAUCUAAUGGUGGACAUCUAAAUAUAGUAAGAGAGCUGCUACAAGCAGGGGCUGAUGUUAAUCAACCAGGAAAAUGGAAAACACCAUUAAUAGCCGCAUUUGAAGGUGGACAUUUAGAUGUAGUAAGAGAGCUGUUAGAGGCAGGGGCUGAUGUCAAUCUACAAGGUGGGUUUGAUACACCACUGACAGCUGCAUGUAAGGAUGGGCAUCUAAAUAUAGUAAGAGAGCUGCUAGAGGCUGGUGUUAGUCUACAAAAUGAGUUUCAUACACCACUAAUUGGUGCAUGUGAAGGUGGACAUCUUAAUGUAGUAAAAGAGCUGCUAGAAAAAGGAGCUGAUGUUAAUCUACAAGGUAAGGUAGAAACACCAUUAAUAACAGCAUGUAAGAAUGGGCAUCUGAAUUUAGUAAGAGAGCUGAUACUGGCAGGAGCUGAUGUUAAUCUACAAGGUAAGUUGGAUACACCAUUGAAAGUGGCAUGUAAGGGUGGACAUCUUAAUUUAGUUAGAGAGUUGCUACUGGCAGGGGCUGAUGUUAAUCUACAAGGUAAGUUAGAUAAUCUUACACCACUGAUAGCAGCAUGUGAGGGUGGAAAUCUAAAUAUGGUAAGAGAGCUGCUAGCGGCAGGGGCUGAUGUUAAUCUAGAAGGUUAUUUUCAAACACCACUAAAAGGUGCAUGCCAAGGCGGGCAUCUAAAUAUAGUUAAAGAACUGCUAAUGUCAGGGGCUGAUGUUAAUCUACAAGAUGAAUACUAUUAUCAUACAAAACUGAUAGUAGAAUGUGACCGUGUGCAUGAGAGUUUUGUGAAGAAGUUGCUUAGGGCAGGAGCUGAUGUAGAUCUACAAAGUAUACAUGAAACUCCACUGACAGCAGCCUGUUAUGGUGGACAUUUUAGUAUUGUGAUGGAGCUUCUGAAGGCAGGGGCUGAUGUCAAUCGUCAAAUUAAAUCUUAUACACCACUGACAGCAGCAUGUUGGGGUGGACAUAAAGAUAUAGUGGAAGAGCUGGUAAAAGCAGGGGCUGAUGCAAAUAUACAAAGUGUGUAUGAAACACCACUCUUGGCAGCAUGUUAUAAGGGACAUUUGAGUAUUGUGAUAAAGCUGUUAAAGACAGGAGCUGAUGUCAAUAUAAAAAUUGAAUCUUAUACAGCACUGACAGUAGCAUGUUCUCACGGACACGAUGAUAUAGUGGAAGAGCUAGUAAAAGCAGGGGCUGAUGUCAAUUUACGUGGUAAAAAUUGUAAAGCAUGCGAUUUAACCUUUACGCCAUUGACAUUAGCAUGUGAAGGUGGAUAUAUGAAUGUGGUUAAAACGCUACUUAAGGCAGGAGCUGAUGUUAAUCCUCAGGAUGAAUUUUUAACACCAGUAACAGCAGCAAUUGAGGGUGGAUAUAUGAGAAUUGUGAAAGAGUUGCUAAGUGCAGGGGCUGACGUAAAUCUACAUGGAAAGUAUGAAACACCACUGACAGUAGCAUGUUAUGACGGACAUUUGAGUAUUGUGAUGGAGCUGUUGAAGGCAGGUGCUGAUAUUAAUCUACAAGGAGAUGACGAUAUACCACUGACAGCAGCUUGUAACAAGGGGCAUACAAGUAUUGUGAUCGGGCUAUUAAAGGCAGGGGCUGAUGUCAAUCUACAAGGACAAUGUGAUACACCAUUGACAGCAACAUGUAAGAAUGGGUAUAUGAAUAUAGCUAAAAAGCUGCUAGACGCAGGAAGUGAUGUCAAUAUGCAGGAUAAGGCAGGAAACACUCCUCUCUCUAUAGCUUUUUUUAUCAUUCAUAAAAAUUUCAUCCCUGCUAUAAUACGAAUGUUUGAUGGGUAUGGUGUUGACUCAACUAUCAAAAAUAAUGAAAGCAUGUCAGCUUUCUUUAUUGCAUUAAUUAGGAAUGAAAUUGGUUCUGUAAAGCAAUUAUUAAGAACAGAGAAUGAAAGACAUUUGAAAAGAAUGAAGUUACAUUUGUUCGACUGUUUGGUAAACAUCAGACACAGUGACGUGAUGACUGACAGUAAGGAUGAUGUGGUGGUGACACGGAGACGUGUUUGGCGUAUGGAGGACUGGGAAGAUUUGUAUUAUGCGGUCGUAAAAAGUGAUUGUAAGGCUUUAAAGCAUCUUGUAUGUGUGGGUCUGGAUGUCAAUCAGUGGAUACAGUUGUAUACUGAUUAUGAUGAGUAUGAUGUGAAACCUCUGCUGUUCACACAGAUUGAUAGGGGUUAUUAUGACGACGGAUGGGUGGAUAAUGUGCAGAUUCUCCUGGAGUCGGGGGUGGAUGUCAGUGUCAGGGUGAGGUACGAAGAGUAUGAUUCUGUGUUAGACAGAGAGGGGGUGUCUGUUCUAGAGAGGAUACGACGACAGGUAAAUAAGGAUAAGUGGGAUAGAGAGGAAGUGUUUAAUUACACGAGAGUGAUCAAGGAGGUGAAAAAACACGUGAGGCGAUACUCUGUGUGAAAAGUAUAUAGAACAGUAUAUACCUCCAGUAUCAAGUCUUAAUAUUAUGAACGUACAUAUUACCAUAACCCUAUCGUAAAACGCUGAAGGGUAAAUUUUUAUAGUUUUCAAAAGGCAUAUAAUUA